AGGGCUUCGCGGCCAUGUUGAAAUUUGCACUGACAGUUAUUCCGUUGUGAUUUAUCUUAACUUGUAAAGCAGAACUACGCUAACUGUUUUCCCCACACACUGUUAAACGCGGUUGUGUAAAGUGUUCCGGUUUCUAUGAAAGCUUUACUUUUGAGAAGAUGGACCAAGAUGAACGGCGAAGAAAACUAGAAGCUGGAAGAGCGAAGCUUGCACACUUUAGACAGCAGCAGGCGAAACGCAACAGUACCGCCACUGCGAAGAGGAAGAACGCUACAAACGACCGUUCAGCACAAGAGGAGUCCCAACCCGAUCACGCUCAUGAACAGGACAGCAAAGAGGAGCUCGAGGAGUCGCUACAGCCUCAUGACGCUGGUGAUCCUGAAGAGGUGAACCAAACAGAUUCACAGGAACAGGGCUCACUUCCUGCGGACAGAAGGGCAGCGGAUCAGCCUAAUGAGCAAGAAGACCUUUUAGGAGAAUUUGUAGUCACACACACGAGCAAAGAACAACUGAAGCAGUUACAGGCAGCAGUGGAGAAGCGAAACGAGAUCAUUUCACAGCUCAGCGUCAACCUGCAGGCGGCGCUGAUGAGCCGAGACCAGGUGCAGCUGGAAGCACAGCAGCUGACGGGUCAGAUACAGGAGCUGCAGCAGCAACUCCAGCAGGCUAAAGAGUACCUACGCAGUAAAAGUGUGGGAUGGCUGGAUCUAUCUCAAACCCACAGGCAGCUACAUGUAGAGCGCUCUCUGCAGAUGAGAAAUGAUCAACAGGUCCUUUUGGCUCAGAAGGAAACGGAGAUCACGGCUCUCCAACAGAAGCUCACGGUCAUGGAGGAUUCCCUCUUUCAGCUCCAGAGUGCUUUCACGUCAGAUCACAUGGAGAAGAUCAGAUCAAGCUUGUGCCCCAAUGGUGGAAUCCUGUCCGGGAUUAAUACGAGCCCAGAGAACAACUUUGAUUCGAACAGCGAUCUGAUUCAGAAAUUAAAAUGCGAGCUGGACGAAGAACGACAGAACAGCAAGCGAGCGCAGGAAUGUGCUGAGAACCUGCAGGAGACUGUUUUGAAAUUCGAAAGCGAGAAGUUUGAGAUGGAGGCCCUGCUACAGUCGGUUAAGGAUGAUCUUGAGCGUGCGGAGAAACAGGCGCGUGAGGCACAGCAGUACAAAGCCGAGAAAGAACGGCUCAACCAGGACGUGGUGCGUCUAGACGGGCUGGUGGAAGAACUUCAGAACAAGCUUCAGGAAGAACAACAAACGUCCAAGCACCUCCGUUCCAAAUACGAAGCUGAAAUCGCCAACUGUGAGCUGCGUCUACAGGACCUGGAGGAAGAGCGGGUGUUGAAUUUAGCGCAGUUGGGUGAAGAGCAUGAGACUGCACUCAAGCGUCUCCGAGAGGAGCAUUCUGAGGAGAUCAAACGUAUUCAGGAACUGCUAGACCAAGCUCAAAAACAUUACCCUCAUGGUGAAUCUGACGAGCUUGAUACAAGCGACACCUUGAUCCAAACCUUUGAAGAACACCGCAAUGAGGAGCUGGUCACUGAAAGUUCUCCUGAAGCUGUUGUAAGUACGAAUACCUCGGUCACCAGUAGAGACCUGAUGGAGAAGUACUUGGCAUCUGCUGUGCAGUGUGAAAGCUCAUGGAUGGAACGAAGUCUAGAGGAGCGCAGCAUCAUGGAGAACUCGACUGCUUCCAAGUUGGAGUUUGAAGACGAAUCAAGAUUUUUGGUUCACCUUGAAUCUGGUGCUCAGAACACAAACCCAGAAGAGCAACCAUCUGGACUAGAUGGAAUGUUCACCCAGGCACCAUGGCAGAGCUUCAAUUCAACCUUGAAUGGGCUAAACGAAAAUGUGGAUCUGGGCAAGGAGCUUCUGAUCCAGCAGUGCAGAGACCUCUCUGAGCAGUUGGAAGAGAAAGAGAGACAGCUGGAUGUUCUUCAGGAAGAAGUUCAACGCUCUGCUGAAGAGUUAGAAGAGGCGCGGGAGCGCUGGAGUAAAGCGUCAGAUGAGCUUGAAGAAGCAAAGUGGGAGCUGGAGACGGAAAGAGAUAAAAGGCUUCACUGCGAGCAGCUCCUCAAUGAGAAAAUCCACGAGCAGGACAACCUGAAGAACAAACUCAGCUACUUGGAGAGCCAGAAAGAAAAAGAGCAGUUGAAGUCCAAUAUGGAACUUGACGCUAAGAACUCCUCCACAGAGGAGCUUCUGACGGAACUGAAGGAGGACAAGGUCAAGCUCAUUCUCCAGCUCAAACACCAAGAACAGCUGGUCCGAGAUGUUCAAGAGCAGAAGAUGGCUGGGGACUCGGUGAGCUGUGAAGUCCAGGCUCUGUUUGGUCGGCAGCUCUCCUCUCUGCAGGCUCAGAGGGACCAGCUCAUGGACCAGCUGGAGAACCAGAGAGAAAAGAACCAAACCACGUCCGUGCUGCUAGGGCAAAAGACCCUCGAACUGGACUCGGCUAACAGGGAGAUCCAGCAGCUCCAAGCAGAAGUGGAGGAAAGGGUGGAGAACGUGCAGAGGCUGGAGAAGGUCAAAGUGGACCUGGAGUCCAAUCUGAUGUGUCUUAAAGAGAACCUGAGUAAUAUGGAGGAGGCGUUGCGUCGGGGUUCGGCAGAGAAAGCUGCUUUGGAGAAGCGACUGCAGGCGCUAGAUGAACAGAACAAGAACAUGGAAAAGGUUCUGGAAACAGAACUGGAGAACUUUGAGCUCCAGCUACAAGCGAAAGCUGUGGACCUUGAGCAGAUGAAAGAAGCCCGAGAGAAGGCAGAGGAGGAGCUCAUGGAGAAGGAAAACGCUUUGCAGAAGGAGCUGAGAGAACAUGAAGAGGAGAAGAAAAGACUUGAGGAGAAACAUCAACAGGAGGUGCAGGAGUGGAGUUUGCGCUUGGAGAAGGAGCUCUCGGUGCUGCGUUCCAACCUGGGAGAGGAGCAGAAGAAACAAAUCACCCUAAUUAAGCAGGUGCACGAGCGAGAUCAUCAGAGAGAGAUGACCGAGCAGGCGGCACAGCGGACGGACGAACUCGACCGGCUGAAGGCUGAGCUCUCGGAGGUGCUGAGGGACAGCUUGGAGGCGGCACAUCAAGCAGAGCUGCUGCAAACCCAGACGCAGCACAGUCUGGAGAUGGAGGCUCUCCGUCUGAGCCUGACCAACCUGCACACGGCGCAGCUGGAGCUCACCCAGUCCAACCUGCAGAAGGAGAAGGAGGCGGCACUGAGCGAGCUGCAGGCCAGCCUGAGGGAGAAGUGGGCUCAGGAGAGCGCCAUGCUCCAGACACGACAGCAGUUCGAGCUCGAGAGGCUCCGAGAGCAAAGCAGGGAGCAGGAGAGACAAGCUGAGCUCCAGCUCCAGCUGGCCAUCGAUGAUCUAAAUUGUGGGUGGGAAAAGCGUUUGUCAGAAGAACAGGCUUCGCUGGAGCAAAAGCAGACCAGUAGGAUCGAGGCUGCAAAGGGUCAGUGGUUACAAGACUUCCAAAAAGAGCAGUUGGAGCUGCAGGCAGCCUUGAACAAAGCUGAGGAAAGUUUGGCUGAGAUGCAGAACAAGCUUGAGGCGCUUCAGCGAGCUAAAGAUGAAGAAAUCAAGCAUCUGGAGUCGGAGCUGAGUCUGGCGUGGGCUGACCGAGAUGCUGCAGCUCGUGCUGUUGAAGAACUGGUCGCGAGUCACAAGGUGGUGCUACAGGAGCAGCAGGCUCGCACGCAAGAGCUGGAGGAGCAAGAGAAGCUGCUCAAGCAAGAGGUGGAUCGUCUGCUCGCAGAACAAGAGGCAAAGAAGGCCAGCUCCGAGCAGGAGAUCGCUAACCUCUGGUCUCAGCUAGAGAACAUGAGGACCAACAGACAGGAACUGGGAGAGUUGAAGGAGCAGUUGCUGGCGCGCACGUCACGUGUUGAUGACAUCGAGCGGCUUAAGCAGGACUUCUCGCAGCAACGGCGGGAGCUCCAGGAGCAGAAUGAGGCAGAGCUGGAGAACCUGCGCGUCUACUUCGAGCAGCGGCUCCAGGCCAGUGAGGAGAAUCACCGCGAGGAAAUCGCCCUACUGCAGCGGCGCCUCGCAGAGGGAGCCCCGGAGGACGCGGCCGUCAAGACCGGAGAGGCAAGCUUCCUCUCUGAUGAUGGAAAGGCUGAGGAGGAGAGCGUGAACUCAUUGGCCGAGAUUACAGAGCAACUGGAGAAACACAAGGUGGCGCUGGAUGCGCUGCGUCUGCAGCUGGAGGAGAAGCACAAGCAGGACCUGGAGCAGCUGCGCUGUAACAUGGCUCUGUCCUAUAGAGAGGAGUUACUGCAGGCUCGUUCGGAGCUCACUGACCGCUACUACAGUGACAUGGAGCAGCUCAAAACCAAACACGCCUUGGAGAUUGAACAGCUGCGGGCCAAGCUCUCGGACAGCCACCUUAAAGAGAUAACAAAGCUGCGGCUGCAGUCGGUGGCGGAUGUGGCGCGUCAGGUGGAGGCCGAGCUCGAAGAGAAGACCCGGCUCCAGACUCAGGAGCACCAAGACCGGCUCGCUCAGCUUGCCUCAGACACUGAGCACAUACUGAGCUUGGAGAAGGAGCUCGCAGAACUCGCCUUACAGCAUGGCCGAGAGCUGGAGAGAGCUACUGAGCGGCACACGGAGGAGCUCCGAGAGCUGGAGGACAGGCUGAAGAAAAACUUUGCAGAGGAAAUGCGCACACGUCUUGCAGAGGCACAGCAGGAAGAAAGGACCCGUGUAACCGAGGAAAUCUCCCGCCGGAGCAGUGAGGAACAGCUCCAGCUCAGGGAGCAGCUUCAAGCUCAGGCUGAGGAACGCAUGGCUAUCCUGAGAGAGGAGCUCCAACAAGCAGCCGAUGAGGAGAGAAAGGAGCUGGACCAGAAGCUUGCUCAGGCUGAGGAGCUCCUAGCUGUGGAAAGGCAGAGGCUGCAUGCCCUACAGGCUAGUCUGGAGAGUGAGGAGAGCCCUCAAGUCGUGGCCCUGAAGCAGAGGCUUGAAGCUCAGUACAUGAGUGAGCUACGCACAGCGAAGAGCACCAUGGCGUCUGAGGUGAAGGAGCUCAACGCUUUGCUGAAGGAGCAGACUGAGAGCAGGCUACAGGAGGCCACGUGCAGGCAUCAGGAGGAACAGCGACAGCUAACAGAGAAACUUGUCCAGCAGAGAGAGGAGGCUCUGCAGAAGCAAGAACAUGUUCAGGAGCUGCAGGCCCAGACAGCUCUUCUGGAGCAGAACAUUUCAAAACUAGAGCAUCUCCAGAAAGAGCACCAGGAGCUCAAAACCCGACACCAGGACGAGCUUGACUUGCUCUCUUCCAAUCACAAGGUGGCGUUGGAGAGCCUUGCUGAGAAACACAAUGCAGAGCUCGAUAAGCUGCAGGUGGUCCUUCAGGAGACCAAUCUAGCACAGCUCGAAGCUCAGGAGGCGGAGCUUGGGGCACGCCACAAGCAGGAAAUGGAGGAGCUAGAGACCAGGAUGUUGUGCAACAUGGACACGUUGGAGAGCACGUACCUGAAGGAGAUCCAGGCGGUGCGUGAGGAGAAAGACGCCGCGCUUCGGGAGCUCAGAGCCUCAGUGGAGCAAGAGCAGGCUAAAGAGAUCGACAGAGUGAAGCAGGAGGAGCUGACGAUCAGAGACGAACUGAGAAAAGAGCUGGCACAGGCCCAUAUGGACAAAUUUAGCGCCAUGGCAACUGAACUUGGCCACGCCCAUCAGGCAGAGCUAUCUGCAGCACUCGCUUCUCAGAAGGCCGCUCUGGAGUCUGAUCACCACUCGGCAUUGGAAACCCUGCGACAGCACGUGCUGAAUCUGGAGGCACAACACGGCGCCGCCCUCCAUGAGGUCACCGACAUGACCACCAAAGAGAAACAGCAGCUGCAGCAACAGCUGGAUGCGCUGAAUGCUCAGCACCAGCAACAACUCCAGGAACUGAGGGCAGCAUCUUUGAGGGAGAUUGAGGCUCUACGCAGGGAGUUGGAGGAAGAGGCAUCACGGCAACGACUCCAUUUCCUGGAAGAGGCGGAGCUUCUGAAGUGCCAGUCAGAGGAGCAGCUACAGCGAAAGAUUGCCCAGUUAAAGGAGGAAAGCGAGCGGGAGAAGACCGCUGCUCUGGACGAGCUGGAGAGAAGUUUGCGUGAGCAGCAUCAGAAGAAUGAGCUCUGCUACACAGACAAAAUGAACCAGCUAACUGCACAGCUCCAACAACUGGACACGGUCGUCUCUCAGCUGCGUGCCGAGGUCAGCGGUUUGCAGGGGGAGCUGGAGGGCAAGCGCUCGGAGAUGGACACUCUGGAGACUCUGCUGCAGCGGCGUGAGCGCGAGAGUCAGGAAGGAGCCACCCUCCUCACCAUGCUGCGUGAUGACCUCAACACCGCCACGCAGCAGAGACAAGACCUUCAGUUGGCCCAUGACCGACUUCAGCAGCUUAUCCUCGAGAUGCUCCGGGUUACAAUUGCGACAGAGGAAGAGAUCGGCCGCAGGUUGGGGAUCUGUGUGGAAGGUGAUUGCACUGGUGGCAACAAUCUGAACAGGAGGCUGAGUGGCAACCAUGACGCCCAGGAGACAGUAGACGUGGAUGGUGGCGCUGUGGAGGGUGGCCCAAACUGCAGCAUGAUCUCCUCUUCUGUGAUGGAUGAAGGUCUGGAGCUGUCUCAACGCCUGUGUGAGAGUUUGUUUUCAGGCCCCGAUGGAGAGCUGGACUCUGAAAGGGAGGAGCUGGUGCUGGGGGCCUGCACUCGACUCCGUGCCGCAGUGGACAAACUGUUGGAUCUGGUCUCGGACUCCACAGUGCAGCUGGAGCAGCUGCGAGCUCUUCAGGCUGCGCUGGAUGAACAGUUCAGUGAAGGUGGAGAAGCAAAGAAUGCUCUUCUCCAGCAGCACGCUCAGCUUCUGGAGCAGCUGGACCAGGAGGCGAGUGUGAAGAGUCAGCUGCAGCUAGAACUGCACAAGGCUGAAGGUCUGAUAGAGGGCUAUGUGGCGGACAAGGCUGCUCUCGAGGAGGCGCUGCAGCAGAAGGAAGCACGUGAGCGGAGGCUGGUUGAGGAGCUGGAGAGCACUCGGACUCGGCUGCAGGAGCUUGGUGAGGAACACGCGCUCCUGCAGCGGCAGCGAGACGCGCUCUCAGCAGGCCUUGGAGAACCUGAAAAAGCACUGUUGGCCGAAGCAGAGCGGCUCGGGCAGGAGCGCGUGGACGUGCAGCGACAAGCGGAGAAGGACCGGGUCGGUCUGGCAGGUCGGCUGCGCUUCCUAGAGCUGGCGCUGGAGGAGCACGAGAGCCGAGCACAGCAGCAGGAAGAGCAGCACCGCACCCAAACCGAGGACCUGCAGCAGCACAUCAGCGCUCUGGAGAAACAGCUCAAACACCACCGUCAGUUCAUAGACGAGCAAGCUGUGGAGCGAGAGCACGAGCGGGAUGAGUUCCAGCAGGAGAUUAAGAAUCUGGAGGCGCAGUUGAGAACAUCCUCUAAAGGACACCCAGGAGGAGACGCUAAGGGUCAGAGGAUUGAAGACUUGGUUAUCCAGGUGGAAAGUCUGCAAGCUCUUAUCACAGACAAAACUGAGGACUACAGCGUUCUGCUCUCGGUUAAGGAGCAGUGCCAGCGUGACCUGGAGGACCGUAACGACGAGAUCGAUAAGAUGGCGUCUCGCAUCCGGGAGCUGGAGCAAGCUCUCCUGAGCAGCGCAGAGGCUGGACGGACCGUCACGCAGUUGGAACAGGAGCUUCAGAAAGCACACAAGAGCCUGCAGGAGCUCUCUCAGGAUAAAGAAGCCUUGCAGCAGCAGCUGUACUCUAAUAAACUCCAGAUCUCGGCUCUGCAGUCCAAACUGGACGAGACGAGGCAUCGCUUCCCCGACCCCAGUGCUGACCCCAACCUCCGAGAACAGCUAGAGACACUCCAGCAUGACCUGCAAAAGAAAGAGGAGCAGGUGGAGGUGCUACUGGAGCGAGUGGAAGCGCUGGAGAAAUCUCUGGCGGUGAAGGAGGAGGACAUCCGGCAGCUCUCGCUGCAGCUGGAGCUCAAAACUAACGAAAGCCGAGCCAAGGAGGAAGAGCUACACCUGCGCAUCACUGAGCUGCAGGAGCUGGUGAGCACGCUACGCAGACAGCAGCCGGAAGAGAAGGAGACCUUGGCACUGCAGCUUCCUGCUGCUCUGCUGGAGGAGAAGAACCUGGAGCUCGACCACCUCAACCAGCAGGUUCUCCGUCUGCAGCAGGAGCUGGACGCCACCAAAGAGAACAAAAAGGCAGAGGAGAAGCAAGCGGACAUCGAAGAUCUGCGCGCUCAGGUGGAGAGACUCCGUGGCGACCAAGAGCGUCUGCGUCAAGCCAAGGAGGAGGAGACCGAGCAGCUGCAUGAGGUUAUCCACAAGCUGCAGGAGGAGCUGAACCAGCUCGACCCCAGCCGGCAUGAGGUCAGCGACCCAAACACGGACAGCCCUGAGCCCCCUGAUUAUCCCUGGUCCCCCCGACCACAGCACGGCACUGAGGAGAGCCUGUGUCACGAGCUGAGCAGUCAGACGCUUCAGAGCUGUCGCACCAAACUCUGUGAGCUCCAGGUGGACUUGGAGCACUCGGUGGAGGAGAAGGAGGCACUUCAGAGACUGCUCCUGACCCAGGAAGAGCAGUAUGGACAGCAGGUGGAGGCGCUAGGCCGCAGCCUGGGCGAGGAGAGGGGCAGGCUCGUGCUCCUGGAGCAGGAAGCUGGAGAGCUGAAGCUCCAGUUGUGCCAGAAGGAGGCUGAAGUGGAGACUCUCCAAGAUCGCAUCCAAAAGCUGGAGGACGUCGAGAGGAACGUCAAAGACUUGGAGCUUCGGCUGAAGAACGCUGAGGAACGGAGGAAGGAGGCACAGCAGAAGAUGACGGCGUUGAGUGAAGAGGCACAGAAGCAUACGGAAGCGCAAGAGAGGAUGGAGGGACAACUGGCGGAGCUACAGCAGAAGUCUGAGGACAGCGAGAACGCUGCGGAGCAAAUGGGGCUGCAGGUUACAGAGCUGCAGGAGAAGCUUCAGCAGCAGAAAUCUGACAUCACCAUCUUGGAGACGGGCAAGAAGGAGCUGUAUAUGGAGAAACAGGCUCUUCAAAAACGCGAGGGAAAACUCCAAGAGGAAAUAGAGAAGCUGAAACAGGAAGUGUCAGCAAAGAGCAGUCAGAUCCAGGAACUGAAUGUGCAGCUGGAGGAGAAGGUGGCCGAACAACAGGAGACGCAGAAAGAAGUUCUGACAUGUGCCGAGGAGACCCUGGCUAAAGCAGAGGCAGCUUUGAGAGAAAAGGAGGAGCAGUUGGUUCACCUGAGGUUGCAGCAUGAUGUACUGGGAGCGGAGCUGGCGGCAGUGAAAGAAGGCUUGAGCACCAGUACAGAGAGAGCCGAGAAACUACAGGAGGAGGGGCAGACCAAAGACCGUGCCCUGGCUGAUCUAGAGGAGCAUAACCAGCAUCUCCGGGCCGAGCUGCGUGGCUUGCAGGACGAUCUUGAAGUGCAAGAGGAGGAGCUGGCCUACCAGCAGAGAGAGCUGGAGGAGCUGCGACAGCGUUGCCACGGUCAAGAGCAGGCCGAGCUCCACAGCUCCAAGCCUAAACAGCGCUUCCUGGACGGCCUGUCCCGUGACUCAUCCAUCUCCUCUCCGGAGGUUCUGCGGCGGCUCGACUGCAGCGAAGAGCGGCCGUCUCGCCUCCAAGCAUCUCACCUGUCUGAGCUGAGCGGCCUGCGCAGCACCAGCAUGGAGCCGACUAGCAAGCACUCGCCCAUGGAGCUGAAACGACCACUCGUGCUGAUGCCGGAGACCGAUCCACCCAGCACACACUCGCCCUCUGCAUCCCCAUGUUCACUCUCCAUGUCUGAGAACCUCUCUGUGCUCGACUCGCUGGACCCUGAUAAGGUUCAGGAGCUGGAGAAUCUGGAUGAUGUGACUCAAUCUCGCUCUCCUCUUUCUUCGACCUCCCCGGUGUCUGCACCGGAGUGGGCCAGCGACGGAUACGGCAGCAAUAUGAGCUCCGAGCUGGAGGCGAAGCUGAAGCACGAGCUGGAGCAUACGGAACGGCUCGACUCUCACUUUGUGGAGUACCUGCGCGGCAGAGACAUGGCACCGACUUCACGCUCUGACAGCGCAGCAGGCAGCCUGCAUCACACCUACGAGCUGCUCUCACCUGAGCUACAGGCCAUGUUGAACCGCGUGUACCGCGAGAGCUGCAGAGUGUUGUCUCUGUCCCGUCGUCCUCCCCCUGCCGGACAGCCUCACCCAGACUCCGAGGAGGCUCCACCCCCAUCCUGGCAGAGAGAGAGGCGGGCUUUGCAGGAGACGGUGCUGUCACUCCGAGAGCUCCUGUGCAGGAUGGCCGAGCGUGAGCCCAAGGUGGAUGGUGAUGUCGACUGGCGGAAGGAGCUAUUACAGGCUGUGCGGAGCGUGUUUGACAGCGAGAGGAAGUGGCUUCAUGCACAGCUUCAGGACGUCAUGGCAACCAACUCCAGUAUAGACUACUCCUCCCUGCUGAAGCACUUGGAGAUGCUGCUGCAAAAACAGGAGGAGCAGCAGAGGAGAUCUCUGGAGCAGCUGCUCAGUGCAGACCGGAACAGCCUCCUAGCCGAAAUCCGCAAUUUGCACGAGCAGCUGCACGCCUGCACUCUGCAGAGCCAGGAGCAGCUGCGAGAGCUGCAAAGCUCACUCGGUGCUGUUCGUGAUGAGGGCACGCGCACACAACAGCAGCUGCACAGACAGGUUGGCGAGCUGGAGAGGCAGCUACAGCAGGAGCGAACAGCGUCUCAGGACCUGCAGCGCUCCCUGGAGGAGGAGCAGUCCAGAUCGACGAAUCGGCAUCGCCAACUGGAGGCAGAGCAGACGCUGGUGGUGGAGAUGAAGGUGGAGCUGGAGGAGCGCGUUCAGCAGCUGCAGUCGUUCAGUAAAAGCCAAGAAGAACUCCAGGCUCAGGUCCACAAACUACGGUUGAAGCUGGAGUGUGAGGAACAGGAGCAUCAGGCUUGUGUGGAAGCUGUGGAGCGAGAGCAGGCCAGAGUAACGCAGCUUCAGGAGGAACUCCAUCACGAGAGGCUCAGCAGCAGAAACACCCAGGAGGAGCACGCGCACACUCAGGAGUCUCUGCGUGCCGCCCUGAACGAGCACACGACUCGUCUGAGCGAGCUGAACUCUGCGCUGGAGCAGGAACGCGUAGCCGUCAGUAACCUGCGUGCCGAGCUGCAGAUCGAACAGUCCCGCUGUGAAGCCCUGCUGGCUCAGGAACGCGAGCGCACUGAGCUAGCCCUCUCGCGUCUGGAUGAAGAGCGCUCACGCGCUGCCGAGCUCUCGUGCACGCUCUCGCGCCAGGCUCAGGAGCAUGCUCGCCACUUAGAGGAGGAGCUUCGCUCCCAGGAGGCAGCAAGCACCCAUGACAGGAAGUUCAUCCAAGAGCUAAGGACGCAGCUGGAGCGGGAGCGGCACCAGGCCGAGGAGCUCGCCGCCAACGUGGAAUGCCUACAAGCCCAGGUACUCCAGGGGAAACGCAGGCAGGAGGAAGCACAGAGAGGACAGGAAGAGGUGCAGAGGCUGCACUCUGCUCUGGAGGACCUGCAAGCGCAACGGGUGGAGGUGAGCCGCACCCUGGAGACGGAGAGACUCCGAGCCUCCCAGCUUCAGACGGAGCUGGAUGCCAUGAAGGAGAAGCUGACGGAGGUGAAGGAAAAGGAGAGAGCUAGGGAGGAGCAAAGGGAAAGGCAGAGAUGGCACGAGAAACAGGAGCAGGAAGACCAGGCGCGGCGGCAGGAGCGCACCAAAGAUAAACUGCUGGAGCUGGAGUCAUUGCGAGAGCGAGAUCAGCAGCAUUUGAGACGGCUGCAGCAAACUCUGGCCGACCUGGAGCAGCACGAGAAGCGGUUGACCUCCGAACGCCUGCACAGGGACCUGCGCUCUCCAGACAGCACCCGAUUCUCUCACACACAGGACUCGCCACCUUCCUCCUCCUGUCUUUUGGAGCGUGUAUUAAAGGAGAACUCCGAGCUGACGGAGCGUCUCGCGGCUCUGAGUGAGGAGAAGAUCUCCCUCAAACACACCGUCUCCUGUCUGGAGAGAGACCUGCACAACCUCAAACGCAGCGAACAGGAGAAGUCUUUGGUGCAGCUAGACCCGUCUGUUUUGUCAGAGAAACCGGCCUGGCAGAAGGAGAAGGUGGCCUUGCAGGCUGCUCUAAAGAAGGCCGAGGACGAUCUUGUGAAGGCCACAGCCAGAAACGAGAACCGACCGAUCACGGACCUUUCCAACAAUAAGAUGCAGAGGCUGUAUGAAAAGUACCUGAGGGCGGAGAGCUACCGGAAGUCUCUGGUGUAUCAAAAGCGCUAUUUGCUGCUGCUGCUCGGAGGUUUCCAGGACUGCGAGCAGGCCACGCUGGCUCUGAUAGCACGGAUGGGUGCUCAGCCAUCGCUCAUCUCACAAACCUCCCGGCCAAUCAGCCGCUUCAGGAGUGCCGUUAGAGCGCUCAUCGCCAUCUCCAGGCUUAAGUUCCUCACCAGGAAGUGGCAAAGGGCUCUGAAAAAAAGCUCAGUUGGAAGUGUGACUGUUAACAGUGCGGCUGUCCGGACCGAGGUUCUCAAACCACAGCAGUCCGGACCUGCGUUCAACUCUCCGCCCACUCGCGACCGCAUGCUCGCCCAGCGCACUGCAGUCUCUCCUCUAGCGCCAUCCGUUAAAUCUCCUUUCAGGCUGCAUAAUGGAGGUUAUUCCAGCAGCGUCCUGGCUCCAUCCGAGUGCACUCGUACCCCCUCCCAGGAGCCGGAACGCUCCCUCACGGACUACAUUCAUCACCUGGAGAACGUCCAGCAGCGUCUAGGAGCUGUUCGUCCAGGUUCCCCUGCGACGUUCCCUUUUCCCAGGAAAACUGAUAGAUGAACAAAAGCAGUCACCACUGAGCCAGUGUUCUGUUACCAGUGUGUGCAUUCGAGAUACUUGAUCAUUUUAUAAAUUAUUUUUCAUCUACUUUUAUACUCCAACCUCAGAUUAACCACAAAUGGCCGUCUGAAUGUGUUCAGUCAGUGACUCUCUUCUGCAUCUCACAGAUGGUCUGUAAAUCUGUUCAGUUGGUCAGUUGUAUGUAGGUUUUUUUUUUUUUUUUUUAACAUUAUUUGCACUGGAAUCUGUACAGAAUCACCAUUGUACUGCAUAAGGACGCAUGUUCACGUCUUAAAUGUAUUUUAUAUUAAACCGUAGCUUUUCUAUCCAUGUUCAAUAAAUAUUUUAACAUUUCAUGCA